CGUUUGGCCACGCCCAUGCGACUGACGUCAGAGGUUUGGCUCGUACUAGAGACGUGCCGAAAGCAGACCGACACACAACAACCACGCGCGAGGAGGAGCGCGCAGGCUUCGGGAUGGAGCUCGCGCGGAACGAUCCCAAAACCAGCCGUUGGUUUAACGGAGAAAGCGCGGAUAUUGCUGUGUGAUGAAACGGACGCCGCUGUUCGUUUGGAGUUGUUCAGGCUGACGCGUUGCGCGUGGAGGUUAUCAGCGGGAACGCGCAUGGAAGGACUGGAUUUAAAGGGCCAGCAGCACGCAAACGCGAACAUGGACCAAUGCACUACGGUUCUGGAUCCGGACCAGGAUCCGGACCAGGAUAAACAGUUUUGCGAGCUUUGUGGAAAGAUGGAAAACCUUUUAAAGUGUGGUCGGUGCCGGAUCUCUUUCUACUGCAGCAAGGAGCAUCAGAAACAGCACUGGAAAGAACACAAACUCACCUGCAUAGAGGCGGACAAGACCAAGACUGUGCCACAAACUCCACAUCAGCAGGAGAAACCCGCUGAUCCAGAAACAAAAGAUCUGAUCACCAGAACAGCAAGCUCAGAAGCUGACAGCAGUACCACCAAACCCCAAGCUCACAAACUGGCCACUGACUAUAUAGUCCCAUGCAUGAACAAACACGGCAUUUGUGUAGUGGACAACUUUCUGGGUGAAGACAUGGGGCUGUCCAUUCUGGAGAACGUAAAAGCUCUCCAGCAGACCGGUAAAUUCACUGAAGGACAGCUGGUGAGUCAGAAAAGUGACUCUACUAAGGACAUCAGGGGGGAUAUAAUCACCUGGAUCGAGGGGAAGGAGCCUGGAUGCGAGAAGAUCUGCUUCUUGAUGAGUCGCAUGGAUGACCUGGUCAGGAAUUGCAAUGGAAAACUGGGAAACUACUCGAUAAAUGGAAGGACAAAAGCGAUGGUGGCAUGUUAUCCAGGUAAAGGCUCUGGUUAUGUGCGCCAUGUGGACAACCCGAAUGGAGAUGGGAGAUGUGUCACAUGCAUAUAUUACCUUAAUAAGAAUUGGGAUGCCAAGGUAAAUGGGGGUGUACUGCGAAUAUUUCCAGAGGGUAAAGCUCAGUUUGCAGACAUCGAACCUAAAUUUGACCGCUUGGUUUUAUUCUGGUCUGAUAGACGAAACCCUCAUGAGGUCCAGGCUGCGUAUGAUACAAGAUAUGCAAUUACCGUGUGGUAUUUUGAUGCUGAUGAAAGGGCGAGAGCUAAAGAAAAGUACCAAACAGGUGCAGGUGAAAAAGGAGUGAAGGUGGAGCUAAACAAGCCGUCUGAACCAAGCUAAUCAAAUUAUCAUUAAUCCGGACUUUUCCUGGUUGCCAGCUUCAUGGAGGAGAAAGAAAAAGAAGAGCGUGUCAGAAAAGGCUGCGGUUGUCUGUGACGAAAAAAGGAGUGGAAGCUUCAAGUAACAGAGAUUUAAAGCUCUGCAGAAUUGCAUUAUCAGAAAACCUUUAAAUACGACACCGUUGGUUUCAUUUUUGGUUUUAAAAGGUACAGUACUCUGCAUUGCAUUAACGCUUCUCAUGUGACUGGAGUCACAACUGCUUCUGAGGAAUGUUUAAAAAGCCUUUUGCUUUCGGUUCUGGGAUGAGUUCCUGCAUUUUGACCUGAUCGUUGUGAAUCAAGCUGCACAUCCAUGCAUGUUGUUUCUCAUCGCUGCAUCAGAACUGAUCGGAUCAUCUAUUCAUAUUGAAAUACAGUCAAUGCCCGAGAGGCAGUGAACUUUCAGCAUGUUCAUUCAGGACU